AUGGUUUUCGAAGACGAAAGCAGUGAGGAGACGUCCAGCCUACCGUACAUGCACUCGACCUCAUCCACGGACGGGCUUAACGAGGUCCCUUUCAGCGUUGAAGAUCCAGAUUACCAGGGGCUUGAGCUGGAAACGAUGUCGCCAUGUGAGAAGCACGGGAAGGCAUCUGAGAGGCUUGUCACAUUUGAAGGAACAGACACAAGGAGAAGGUUCUUAGCAUGUGCAGAGCCGGAAGGGCAGAAUUGUGGGUUUGUUGAAUGGGUUGAUCACCAGUGGCCCCCAACAAUGCAAAAUGCAUUGUUGAAGCUGUGGGCAAUGGUUGAAGAUAGCAGGAGUGCUAGGAACAAGUUGGAGGCCAACUAUGACAAGCUAGUCCAAGAUGUGUAUGAGCUUAUGAGCUUCCACGAGGAGAGGGUGGUGGAUUUCGGACAUCUGCAGUCUGCCAUUACAUAUCAGCAUGAAUGCAGAAGUGAGCUGGUGGCUGAUAUGAAGGCACAGAUGGCAAAGAGAGAUGCAGAGUCUGAGAAGCUUAAGCAGAAUUAUGAAGUGCUACUGAACCUGACAAGAGCUCAAGCUACAGUCAUCCAGAACCUGAAGUUGAAGCAUAUUACAGACAAGCAAUUGCUUAGUGAAGCUAAGAUGAACUUGGAGUUGAAGAAUGCAGAGAGCUCACAAAAUUUGCUUAAGGGAAAGGAAAAUCAUGGUGAAGAGAUGGUGCAGCUAGAGCCUCAGUUUGUUGAGCUGAUGAAGGCAGAGGAGAAGCUGAAGGAGAAGAUCAAGGGGAUCCAGGCCAUCUUAGAGAAGUGA